UGGAUCCAAACACAGCGAGCAGAAAGCUCCGUCUGUCUGAGGACAACAGGAAGGUGACGAUGAGUGAGGAGCUGCAGUCGUAUCCUGAUCACCCAGACAGAUUUGACCUGGAGCCUCAGGUUCUGUGUAGAGAAGGUCUGACUGGGCGCUGUUACUGGGAGGUCCAGUGGAGAGGAGGGGUUUCCAUAGCAGUGACUUACAGAGGAAUCAGGAGAAGUGGUGAUGACUCUCUGCUUGGAGACAAUAAACAGUCCUGGAGUCUGAGGUGCCGUGAUUACAGCUACUCUGCCAGACACAACUGUAAGUCCACCAGCAUCUCUGUCCGUCCCCGUGGAUCUGACAGAGUAGCAGUGUAUCUGGACUGCUCUGCUGGAACUCUGUCCUUCUACAGAGUCUCUCCUGACGGACUGAGACUCCUGCAAACCUUCAGCUCCACCUUCACUGAGCCGCUCCACCCUGGGUUUAAGUUGUGGUCAUCUGAUUCUUCUGUUGUGGUUGAGCUGCCAGUUUCUCAGAAACAAACACUGACCUGAAAGUGUUUCAGAACAUGUUUGGCUGAUUUGUGGCUCAUUUUUUUUUUUUUUUUUUUUUUAUUGUAUCAGGCAUCCAGCUGGAUAAUUGUUAACUGAUUGAUUGGACAGGCUUGUAAAAAUAAUGAGUCAUUAAAAUGUUUGUAUAUUCAAAUCUUACUGUUGUGCAAAAGUGUCAUUUAAACCUCCUCCACUUUUUUAAGAGAGAAAAAUAAAACACACCAGGCCAUGUUUUACUACAUUGUGCGCUAGAAAUGUUUAAGUGCGAA